AUGGCGACUAAGCGUGAUAUAAUCACGGUCAAUGAAGCUUCAAGACUAGACAAUUCGUCUAGCGACGGGCUCAAGGAUGCGGACCAAGAGAAGCAGCAAACGAAGACGUCCGCCGUGGCAACCAGAGAAGACAGCGCUCGCCCUGAACAUCCGAUUCUUAGUUUCUUCAAGCGGAGAGACAGACACAGGCCGGAUGAAAUCGCUACCCAGCCAUCAGUCUUCGACGACCCUACCAGAGCACAUCAGUUCAAGCCGAACCCCAAGUAUGAGAAUCUCCACCGAUUCGAACCGUCCCUGAGAUGGACGUGGCGGGAAGAAGAGAUACUAGUUCGGAGGAUCGACUGGAAAGUCACCGCCUGGGCCUGCAUCGCCUUCUUCGCCCUGGAUUUGGAUCGGAGCAACCUUAGCCAAGCGAACACGGACAACUUCCUCGAUGACAUGGGCUUCACAACUAAUGAUUACAACUAUGGCAACACGGUGUUCACCGUAUCUUUCCUGCUGGCCGAGCUCCCCUCUCAGUUGGUAAGCAAGAAAAUCGGUCCAGAUCGUUGGAUACCGAUUCAGAUGAUCCUCUGGAGCCUCGUCGCAAGCUUCCAGUUUUUUAUGCGCAGUCGAUCGUCGUUCCUCGCUUGCCGUGCCCUACUGGGCCUUCUACAAGGCGGGUUUAUCCCGGACCUGAUUCUCUACCUGUCGUAUUUCUACAAGGGCACUGAGUUGCCCUUUCGUCUGGCCUUAUUCUGGAUGGCGAACCGGCUGACGGAUGUAAUCGCUCCUUUGCUCGCCUACGGGCUCCUGAGGCUCAGAGGCUAUCAUGGGUAUGAGGGUUGGCGCUGGCUGUUUCUUAUCGAGGGAAUCCUUACGCUCGUCAUCGGAAUCUGGUCGUGGUUUAUGAUGGCGCCAUCGCCGACGCAGACGCGGGCGUGGUACCGGCCGCGGGGGUGGUUCACGGAGCGCGAGGAAGGGAUCCUCGUCAAUCGGAUCCUACGCGACGAUCCGUCUAAGGGCGACAUGCACAACCGCCAAGGCAUCACUCUCGCCAUGCUGUGGAAGUCCCUCGCCGACUACGACAUCUGGCCUAUCUACGCCAUCGGUCUGACCUUCGGCAUCCCGCCUGGACCCCCUGAGCGCUACCUCACGCUUACGCUGCGCGCCCUCGGCUUCGAUACGUUCAACUCGAACCUGCUCAGCAUCCCGGCGCAGGUCAUGACCACUGUCAAUAUGUUGAUCCUGACUUACAUCUCUGAGCUUGUCGACCAGCGAGCGUACACCGGUAUAUUCACGCAAUUUUGGUAUCUUCCGUGCAUUAUAGCUCUAGUAUUGCUACCGGCAGACACGUCACGUUGGGGCACGUAUGCGCUAUUGACGGUUCUGUUGUCAUACCCGACCCCGCACCCGAUGCAGGUCGGAUGGGCGAGCAGAAAUUCGAAUACUGUUCGUACUAGAACUGUUUCUGCCGCCGCGUAUAACAUCUCGGUGCAAUUACAAUCCAUCAUAAGCGCCAACAUCUAUCGCGACGAUGACAAGCCACUGUACCGUCGGGGUAAUAAAGUGCUUCUCGGAAUCAACUGUGCGAACUUUUUCGUAUAUCUCGCCGCCAAGUUCUACUACGUCUACGCAAACAAGCGCAGAGAGAAGAUAUGGGACGCGAUGACACCGGAGGAGCAGAAUGACUAUCGCGAGAAUACUAAAGAUGAAGGGAGCAAGCGGCUCGACUUCAGAUUCGCAAGCUAA